AUGCUUUUGGCUUGCACUUGAUUGAUUUUAUGUUAGAGAUUCUUAAACAGAAAGACACUGAACCGACCAACUUUAAAGUGGCUGCAGGCACUCUGGAUGCUAGCACCAAAAUUUAUGCUGUGCGCGUUGAUGCUGUCCAUGCGGAUGUCUACAGAGUCCUGGGGGGGCUGGGCAAAGAUGCGCCCUCUCCAGAAGAAGGCGAGAUCAGUGGUGAAGAUGGAAAUGCUACUGAAAUGGGAACAACCAAAAAGAUUCCAAAGCCUAAGAAGAAGCAUUCAUACAAAACCAUUGAGCAGAACAUAAAUAACCUCAAUGUCUCUGAAGCAGAUCGAAAGUGUGAGAUCGAUCCCAUGUUUCAGAAGACUGCGGCCUCGUUUGAUGAGUGCAGCACCGCAGGGGUGUUUCUCUCCACCCUCCAUUGCAGUGACUACAGGAGUGAGCUGCUUUUUCCUUCUGACAUCCAGACACUCUCCACUGGAGAAUCCCUGGAGUUGCCAGAUUUAGGUUGGGUAGAAAUGACAGAUUUAAAAGCACCCUUGCAGCAGUGUGUGGAAGAUCGCCAGAUCUGCCCUUCCCUGGCUGGGUUCCAGUUCACUAAAUGGGACAGUGAAACACACAAUGAGUCUGUGUCGGCCUUGGUGGACAAGUUUAAGAAGAAUGAUCAGGUAUUUGACAUCAACGCUGAGGUAGAGGAGAGUGACUGCGGGGACUUCCCCAACGGGCCUCUGGAGGACGACUUCGAUGCCAACGAUGAUGCCAAUGAUGAACCUGAUCACACUGCAGCUGGGGAUCAGACAGAGUUCGGGAGCUGGAAGAAGUCCUGCCAUGUUGACAGUUGCCAGGAAGAAAUGAUCCCCCUUGGAGAUGGAGAUAUCAAGACCAUGUGCCCCCUUCUAUCCAUGAAACCUGGGGAAUAUUCCUACUUUAGCCCCCGCACUAUGUCGAUGUGGGCUGGACCUGAUCACUGGCGCUUUAGACCCCGACACAAACAAGAAGCUGCCUCACAAUCAGAGAACAGAAAGAAGAACACAAAGAAAGAUUUUGAAAUUGACUUUGAUGAUGAUGUUGACUUUGAUACAUACUUCCGAAAAACAAAGGCUGCCACUGUUCUGACCAAGUCUACUCUGGAGAACCAGAAUUGGCGAGCUACUACUCUUCCCACGGAUUUCCACUACGAGACUGAUAAUCUUGUCCAGCUGCAUCUCAAACCAGGUGCCAGGUUACGAAGGAUGUCCCCAGGCCAGAGGGCAAGCACAGAGCAUUAUGAACAAAUUGAAAACUAUGAUUACAACAACCCGAACGACACCUCUAACUUUUGCCCUGGACUACAGGCUGCUGACAGUGAUUAUGAAGAAUCAGAUGACUUAUUCGUGGGACCAGCUGGGGACUUUGACCUUACAUCUAAUUCUUGCAAUCCACCUAAGACAACACAGGAGGAUGAUGAUGCACCUGAAGCCCAAAGACUAGACAUCACCACUUACGGGGAGUCAAAUCUGGUAACUGAGCCUCAAAAGGUAAAUAAAAUUGAAAUUCAUUAUGCCAAGACAGCCAAAAAGAUGGACAUGAAAAAGUUGAAGCAGAACAUGUGGAGUUUGCUGACAGAAUUUUCCAAGCAAACCGACACGGAGGCAAAUCACAGUGAAACUGGAAAAGGAGGGGCCUCCGAAGAGGUGGCUGAUGAGAAGAUGUUGAGCGGGCUCACCAAGGACCUGCGGAAGAGCCUGCCUCCCCUCAUGGCUCAAAACCUUUCUAUUCCUCUGGCCUUUGCCUGUCUUCUACAUUUAGCCAAUGAAAAGAAUCUCAAGCUAGAAGGAACUGAGGAUCUUUCCGAUGUCCUUGUGAGGCAAGGGGAUUAAGUUGCCUGAGAUUAGCAGCCAGGGGUUCCUCACUUCUUCAUUGACCAGCACGUUUCCCCUCUGGGUUUUCGAUGUAGUCCCUCAGAGCUGGGAAGCAGCACCCUGAAAUGUUCUUCUUGAUUCAGGUCGUUGGCCUGUGGUGACCACCCAGGAAUGGGCCCCAGGGUGAGGAGCUGUUUUUUGUAUCCAUGUAUAGUUUAGCCUCCUAAGUUGAUCUGUGUUAUUUUCCACAUUUGGCUCUU